GGCGGAAACCUUGAUUUCAAGAAGCACAUCAUGGUGGCUGAUGUUGGACAGACAGCGGUGGUACCGCAACUGGAGAAAAGGGAUGAUAAUAGGAAGAGCAAUAAGCCGAUAAUGGAGAAGAGGAGAAGGGCGCGAAUCAAUAAUUGUCUCAAUGAGCUGAAAGCGCUUAUACUAGAUGUUAUGAAAAAAGACCCAGCAAGUCACUCGAAAUUAGAAAAGGCAGACAUCCUCGAGAUGACCGUCAAACAUUUAGGCGGUUUACGUUCCAGCACACCAGACAGAUUCCGCGCGGGCUACCGGCGUUGCCUGUCCGAGGUUGCCCGGUUUCCAGGGCUGGAUAUCGAAUUAAGGAAGAGGUUGGUGAAACACUUGGAAGGAUUGGCGCCGGGCGUCAGGCCUGUCAGUCCUGUCACACCCACUUCGACUUUAGAUGUAGAAGAUGCAGUUUUGCCGUCUACUGUUUUGAUCUCUGCCAGCCCCGGCUCAGUUCACCUAGUCCCUACACGUCUACCCAACGGCGACAUCGCAUUGCUUCUCCCACCCAACGUGAACGUUAACACAUUAGGGUCUUUAGGAGCUGCUGUAGGGGCACCGACCCUAGUACCUUUCUCCCGAGACCCUUGUUACUCGCCUGCCAGUUCAGAGGGCUCCCCACGCCCCGCAGACCUCGCCCCUCUAGCUUUAGUUACGAGAAAAGCACUAGAUGACAAACCGUGGAGGCCUUGGUGA